UCUCUCUCUCUCUCUCUCUCUCUCUCUCUCUCUCUUUGUCAAUAAUUAUUAUGCCAAGAAUAGUCACAUUUCUUUAUUCUCUCUCUCAUGACAUGUGAAAUUCUCACGUGUUUUGCAUGCAAACUUGUUGUUAUAUUUAUACUCUCUUCUCUCUCUUCUCUCUCUUUUGUCGUUCUUCCUCCUCCUCAUCGUCAUCAUCAUCAUCUUUUUCUCUCAUCUCUCUCAAAACUCGUAUCGUACAUUUUCUCACUCUUAUACAACAGCCAUGGCAUCCAUGGCAUUGGACGUGUCUGGCACUUUCAACAGCCUCAUUUCGCGUGCUCGCUCAAGGAGACCUCCUUCUGUCGACUGGAGAGAGCUUGACCAACCGGUUCCUCUUGUCAAGGUGGUUGCUGCUCCCAUUGCUCCUGGAAGUACAAGUAUCAAAUACACGGCUACAGGCAUUACGCCAGAGGCAGAACUCGUCUUGUCUCAGCUUCCAGUGCCCAUUCACAUUGUCGCUUUUACUGGAUUUGGGAGAUCCGGCAAGUCGUAUACGGCGACAAAGGUGCGCGCGCACUUGGUCGGCAACGAAGACCACAAAUUCGCUUCUGCUCCUGGCAAUGUCCCUUGCACUCACGGCAUCGACAUGAUGGUUUUUGAAAACCCUCGCGGUCCGGGAACCGUUGUCUUUCUCGACUGCGAAGGCGGGGCAAAUCACAACCAGAGUGCCCUCCCCUUUGUCAUUGGUCUCGCCGCCCGUCUCUCCACCCAAAUGUACGUUUUCGAGCGAGGCUGCUUCACGACCGGUGGCUUGGACACGGUCAUGCAAGUCGUCAACAUGGGAAACGCCACCAGUGCCGACGACGCUGUCGACAUUACCCGUCAGCUCGUCCUCGUGGAAAACAUGUCCAUCAAUGGAGACAUUCCCGACCGUCGUCUCUUGGACGACUUGCUGAGCGAAGAGGACGGAGAUGAACAAACAAACCGCGUGCGCCGCCUCGUUCGUCAGCGCUUUGACACAAACUUUGCCAAAUUGCCCUUUAAUGUGGGUGGCAAUACCGCCGUGCACCAGGAAGCCGUGGCGGCCCUCGCAGAUACCUUGGCCGACUCGCUCGUUCCGUUUGUUGUCGGCGGUGUUCCCGUCGACGGGCCCGUAGUCGUCCAGCUCAUUACCGAACUCUUGACCCAGAUUCGUGACGGUGGAAACCGAUUCAACAUGGUCACGGCUACUGAAGCGCUCGUGGCCAACAUGGCCGCCGAAGCUGCCAACACGGUGUGGACGGAAUUUAUCGACAAGGUCCGCAAACAGGGCAACCACCCGGUUCAAAUCAAUGGCCGCAAGCACCUCCGCACCAUUCUCCGCGAAGUCGAAGGCGCCGCAAAUAGCUGCAUCAACGAACUCGAAACGUUUACCUCGAAACUCGUCCCGAAUGAACCCGCCUCCAUUGCCAAACAAACGUGGGACCGCAACUAUCGCAACUUUGAAAUGGACAUUCGGGCCGCCCACCAGCGCAAAGCCGAAGAAUUGGCUCGUUAUACCCGCUGGGCUGACCGCAUUAACCGUCUCGUGAAUGAAAUUGUGGCUCAAGUCGUGGAAGCUAUUCGACAGUUUAUCCGCUUUGCCCGCUUUUCGACGAGUUUGAUUUUAAUGUCCAAUUACUACUUUUGGAGGCAUUCGUUUAAUCUUGUGACGGGUAUUGCUCAAGGCGUGAUUUCCGGUGGUGCCUAAGAGUUUUAUGAGGCGCGCGCGGCCCAUUAGCAAAAAGGGAUUAGUUUUCUGGGUAAUAUCAUGUACAUAGUGGUGGAGUGGAGGGGGGUUUUUGCGAAAAAGUGCUCGUGUGUGUUUUGUCCCUGGUUUUUCUAUGGCUGUUGGUCUUGCUUUUUUUUUUUUUUUUUACUAGUAUAUUUUUUGUCUGUUGUCAUGUAGGUUAUUAAUAAAAAAAGAGGGGAAAACAUGAUACCUCAUCUUCUUUUUUA